UCCUCUCUGUUCACAUCAGAGCAGCAGCAUCCUUUGGACCCGCACCGCUUACUUUCAGUCGAGGCUGACUUUUAUCUCGCAUAAAAAUAGAAACACAAUAGAAUACAAUAAAACGCACUCCAGAAAUAUUAAGCUACUAGUGGCUCGACAGAAGAGCAGCUUCAGACAUUUGAAUCGCUUCUUGGUUUUCGUCCUCGCAGGUUUUUUGACCACUCCAGACAUCAGACCGGACUUCUCCCGUUGACUCCGCACUCUCGCAAGGACACAUCUGUCUCCCGCUGCAGCUGCUGUCUUCAGGCUCAGCCCAUCCUGUCUGACAGCCUACAUUAACAGAAAUCUGCAAGCAACUUGCUGUCAAAGCACACUACCCUCUCACUUUCAAUACACCACUGAGAGACUCUUUUCCUAAAGGCAAAAUGGGGAAACAGAACAGCAAGCUGACCCCUGAAGUGAUGGAGGAUCUGGUGAAGAACACAGAGUUUAACGAGCAUGAGCUGAAGCAGUGGUACAAGGGGUUCCUCAAGGACUGUCCCACGGGCCGCCUCAACCUGGAGGAGUUCCAGCAGCUGUAUGUCAAGUUCUUCCCGUACGGCGAUGCGUCUAAGUUUGCCCAGCACGCCUUCAGGACCUUCGACAAGAACAGCGAUGGCACCAUUGACUUCAGAGAGUUCAUCUGCGCGCUGUCCAUCACAUCCCGAGGCAGCUUCGAGCAGAAGCUCAACUGGGCCUUCAACAUGUACGACCUGGACGGAGACGGCAAGAUCACACGGGUGGAGAUGCUGGAGAUCAUCGAGGCGAUCUACAAGAUGGUGGGCACGGUGAUCAUGAUGAAAAUGAACGAGGACGGCCUGACGCCCGAGCAGAGGGUGGACAAGAUCUUCUCCAAGAUGGAUAAGAACAACGACGACCAGAUCUCGCUGGACGAGUUCAAAGAGGCGGCCAAGAGCGACCCGUCCAUCGUACUACUGCUGCAGUGUGAUCUCCAGAAAUAGGCUCCGCCAGCCGCCACGGACUGCACAGAAAGAAUUUCAUGUUCCAUUCAGUUUGCAGCUAUUUCCACUGAAAAAAAAAAAUAUAUAUAUAUAUAUGCUUGGGACUACCUUUCAAUGGAUCUGCUUCUUGUGUUUGAAACACUCGUGUGCAUGAGAAUGUGAUUUGCUAUAAAAAAAAAGAUCUAUACACAUACAUGCAUACAUACACACACAGUACAAUACAGACACACUCACAAUACACACACUACAUAUAACACCUCGCACAAAUAAUAUAUUAUAGAUAUAUAAAUAUGAAUAUAUAUUUAAAUUAUUUAAAGAUCAACUGCCAAAAUGUGAAGUGUGCAAAGUAUUUUCCAUACAGUCUCAUUCUACUGGCGCUUGCGCAUCGGGGAUGUGCUACGUUGAAUUUGCCGCUACUCUAUUUAUUGUUACGAGUUUACUGACGCUAGCUGUACGUGUUUCUGAGUAAUGUCAACGGAACCAAACUCCUACGACAAUGUAUCUGCCUCCAAUAAGACACUCCAUUGAAUAUUAGCUCUAGAAGAGAUGGAUUAGCGUUUGUCCAACUUUUUCCUCCUGAAACAUGCUUGUACUAUCAGUGAAAUAAAAAAUAAAAAGUAAAUGUAGUUAAUUUGCAUGCCUUUAGGUUCUGCCUUAAAAAAAGAAAUCUCAUUUAUCAUCCUGUAAUAGAAGACAGAAAAAGCCUUAUCGAAGAAGCGUGGUGACACUUGAGAGAAGCCCUGAGAAAAGGCGUUUACUGAACAGGGAGAAAGAAAUCACUCCGCAGUGGGUUCUUCUACAAGUAUUGUCGUAUGGGAUGUCCUUUCUGUGCUCGGUCCAGGCGUUCCCUUUUGACUGCUAUAACUGUGGGAGCAUGUUUCCUUGUAGAUUAGCUGUUCUAUAUGUUGCUAAGAGCUAAAAGCCUGCCCCUGUGCAUUUAAACACACUAUCUCAAUACGAAUUAGCAGAUGUUGAAUGGGAAGGAAUCUCACAUUCUGAACCAGGAUCAGAGAGUUGAAAUUUAAAAAAAAAAAAAAGAGCAAAAUGGAUAAACUCGUGAAGCAAAUGGACUGGAGGAAUCCAACAUUUGCGUGAGUGAAGCUUCCCUCAGAUGGAGUUACAUUAGAUAAGAAGAAAGAACUAAGUAUUAAUCUAUAGUUGGAGAGCAUUGUUAUCAAACUUACUUAUAACCUCCGUUAUUAACCAUCACAUCCACUUUUUUUCUUCUUCCAAUUAGCCUGCAGGUUGCAUAUCAAAGUUUUAUUUUUAUUUUUUAGAGCGUUUAAAAGUAGAGAAGAAACAAGGCCAAUGCAGCAUUUGAACUUUCUGUAGUAGUUUGUCUUUUUCAGUGGAAGUAAAUGAGUGCUGAAGUAGUGAGAGGAGCAGUGAAUGGUUUUUCAUUUUACACUAACUAGUAGAGGACAGCCCUUACUAUAAAGCCAUGCGUUUAGUAAGUUGGACAAAUUCGCCUUCCCUAACCCUUAAAGUUUUUCUCUCUUACCAAUCAGUCAAUCUUUUUGUACUUUUUUACUCCCUUCUCUCACACAUUGUACACGUACGGAUGCAUUCUAAAUGUAGAGAAGUUCAGUGAAGUGCGGGUGCGUCCUACAAAUGAUUUGGAAAACAACCCCGUAAGCCCACUUAAACAAGUUUACCUGGCCCGGUCUGACAGCACCGCAGACACGACGUGUUAACCCACAUUAAUGCUACCAGUGUUUAAAGGGAGGCUGAAGGAGAUGUGAUACGUCACCAUAUUGCAAUGAAGAUCUAACAUCCAUCGUCAUCUCUCAGCAGUGUGGCUCGUCCCCCUUCACUUUGUGAUCUGAACUUCUUUACAUGAACAUCUUUGGCCAAGACAAUGUUUCUAAUUCCAACUCUGUUAUUACUAUUAUUGCUAUCGAGAUACCAAAUGUAAGCAAAGGCAUACGUGUACAAGGAUUCUUUUGUAGCAUGUAUUGUGUCCCUGACGACAUGGCUGCACUACUCCCUGUCUUGUGAUUUAAUCUAAUAAAAGGAACUCUAUGGGC